GCUGUUUGAAAAAGUGAUUCAGAAAGUCCCACGUCCGGGCACUUGUCUGUAGUUUUGCAACAUCUUGGCAGAGAAAUAUUUGGAACUAUUGUCACCAGCCUUCCCCUUUUUCUAGUGUUUGCAAAGAUUAUUUUAAAAAGUUUAGAUGGCAACUAUGAUAUAUGGCUUUGUGCAACUUGCCACUUCUAUGCAAUGGAAAGAACUAUUUAGUCAUACCCCUCCAUUUGCUCUUUUCCCCAUUUCCCUGUUUGACCAAAUUCCCAAAUCAAAAUUACCAUUGACCUUUCAGGUCAGGAGGAGUGUUUAGAAAAACUUUGCGUACAAACGAUUUUUCCUGGUCACCGUCUGGUUCUGCUGCUAAUCGCCUUUAGCGUAUCUCCUCCGUUUGCCUAGCCUUCUGCAAGUGGAAACAAGUUCUUCGUCUCCGGUUUCAUUACUUUGUUUCUUUUUAUUUUGUACAAUUGUACAACGCAAGUUGGCAGGAAGGAAAGUGUUAAUUUUUUUUCCCUAGUUGUUUUAGCGUCGACGUUUUUUAAGCACAGGUAAACAGUAUAACACGUUCCUUGGUACAAAAGGUUCUGCUUGGCCUUCUCGAUUGGAUUCUUUUUGCAGUUGGCUGACUUUUUGAGAGUUGCUGGUGUUCUGCAACCGUGGAACAACCGGUGAAUCUCCCCAUGCGGCCGCUGAGUCAUCAGCCGUCUGUGUGUUUACUGACUUUAAACAAACGAGGAUGUUCUUAUCAAGCUGCUGCCCAAAGUUAACCUGCGUUUGGCAGCAGAUGGUUCGGGGGAAAGUGUACCUGACGCAAAUAAUCAACAGGCGCAACCACCCGGCAGUGAAAUACCAGCAGAGUAGCAACAGAGAGGACAACUCGCUUCUGAUGGAUAUAAAUGAACUGGAAGAGCAGUAUGACUCCAUACGACAGAAGCAGAAAGAACAGACACACGUUGUUUUUAGAACAGGUAAAAGUAAACAUGAAAGUGGAGAGUUCUUCAAGCUCCAAGUCAAAACAGUUUCAGUCAACUGCACAGUAAGAAAACCAAAGGCAUUUGAAGAACACCUUCCUGUUAACAGUGUCAUGCUUGAUGUUCCAAACAAAGAUUAUAUCCAGGAUGGUGAAACUCCUUGGCGCACACAUCUAGAUAUUCACCGUGUGCUGCAAGCACAGAACACAGGUCAAAAUAGUCAAUUGCAGGAAAACAGGGAAGCAGAUGACCAAACUCAACAGGAUCCAGUUUUCAGGGAAAAAGUUAAGCUGCUUCAUUUUUCUUCCCACGGAGAUAAAACAUCAUGCUAUUGUACACACCACCCAAUAAUCUUCUGAAAAUCCAGUGAAACAUAUUGAUCGUGACAAGGCAGUUCAAAUGAUAUUUGCAGCUGAGAUUAAAACCAGAGACUGACAUCUGAAAGCAUAAUAAACAUACACAAAACUCUAUUAUAUCAACAGUCUUAGCUUGAUUAAAAUAAAUGGAGUAAAGUCCCACUUAAAAUUGUGAAGGAAGGAGUUCUGUACAAAAGUAUUAAGCAGAUCUGUAAUGCCUCCUGUAUGAGAUGUAUAACUGAAGUCCUAUCUGUUUACUCAGAGGGCUAUCAAAGAUCUCUUGAUUUGAAUACCAGGAAAUUCUUCCAGUUUCCUGAUCAAGACAUAUCUCAUAAUAAUCACCACCAUUAAAACAAAAAGGAUGCUGUUUGAGGGAACUUGCUGUCUAUAAAAUUGACUGUCACAUUUUCUUUAAAUCAGUUCAAAAGUUAGUUAGUUCAUUGACUGUAAAGAACUUAAGAUUCUAAUUAGACCUCAAAUAUGCCUCAUAGCCAUUGAGGGUAGAACCAUAAUACCAUAGAUAUAGAAGCAGAAUUGAGCCAUUCGGCCCAUGGAGUUUCCCUCUCCAUUCCAUCAUAGUUGAUAAGCUUUUCAACCCCUUUCUCCUGCCUUCAUCCUGUAACCCUUGAUCCCUCUACAAAUCAAAAACCUACCUAUCUGUCUUAAAUGCACUUGAUUAAAUUGGCCUCCACAGA